AUGGUGUUCAAAAUAGUUAGAAGGUUUUUUAAUGUGAUACCGAAAGAAGAGAAGGGUGGUAUGAAGUUUUUUCUUCUGAAAUGUGGUUUGGCUUUGGCUCUUACCUUUGCUGGAUUUCUCUACUCUCAUAUCGGAACCAAGAGAAUCAAAUCUUCCCCUACUUCCCCCAAGGGGCACCCUUCAGGUCAUGGAAGCGAAGAUAAUUUAGGAAGAGGUAAUAGGGUUGCUUCUGGUUCUCGCAACAAUGUUUCAGAGGAAAAUGUUUUCGAUACUGAAGAAACAUGUAUUAGCAAGGUGAAUGGUAAAAAUUCCCCAUUGGGUCUCUCUCCAAGGACUAGAAAAAGUGGAGAGAAAGAUGAGUUCCUCCUUCCUGAACUAAAUGAUGUUAACAAGGAAGCAGAAUGUGGAGCCAUCAAUGCAGGUAGUUCUUUUAAGAAAGAUGUAGAAACACCUAGGUCAAAAGUAGGAUCUCCUAUGUCUCAUGCAAAUGUAGACAAGGAUGAUCAUGAGAAAGAGAUUAGGAAACUCAGGAGUAUGGUCAGAAUGCUUCAAGAGAGGGAAACAAAUCUUCAGGUUCAACUGCUUGAGUACUGUGGCAUUAAAGAGCAAGAAGCAGCAGUGAUGGAGCUGCAAAAUAGAUUGAAGAUAAGUAAUAUGGAGGCGAAGAUGUUCCAUCUGAAGGUUGAGACCUUGCAGUCUGAGAAUCGGAGAUUAGAGGCACAAGUGGCUGAUCAUGCAAAAGUGAUGUCUGAGCUUGAGACUGCAAAAACGAAAGUUAAGUUUUUGAAGAAGAAAAUUAAGUAUGAAGCUGAACAGAAUAGGGAGCAUAUCAUGAAUCUUAAACAAAAAGUUGCUAAGUUUCAAGAACACGAAUACAAAGCUGCUGCUAAUGAUCAAGAGUUUCAAAUAAAGAUGAAAAAGCUAAAGGAUCUCGAGUAUGAGACAGAACAGUUGAGGAAAUCUAAUUUGAGACUGCAGAUGGACAAUGCCGACUUAUCGCGAAGAUUGGACUCUACUCAGCUCCUUGCAAAUUCUGUUCUAGAAGAUCAUGAGGCACAAGCUCUGAAGGAAGAAGGUGAACGUCUUAGACAAGAGAAUGAAGGGUUGAGGAAAGAACUCGAACAACUACAUUCAGAUAGAUGUUCAGAUCUUGAAGAGUUAGUUUAUAUGCGGUGGGUAAAUGCUUGCUUAAGACAUGAACUACGAAGUUAUCUGCCCCCAGCUGGUAAAACAGCUGCGAGGGACUUGAGUAAAAGCUUAAGUCCAACGUCUGAGAAGAAAGCCAAGCAACUUAUACUCGAAUAUGCAACCAAUGAAGGGAGAGGGAGCGUUUCUGACAUGGACUCUGACCAAUGGUCCUCUUCCCAGGCUUCUUUUCUUACGGACUCUGGAGAGCCUGAAGAUUAUUCUCUUCCUGAAACUUCAUCUGAGGCCAAAGUUAACAAUCCAAGCAAGUCAAAGGUUUUUGGUAAGCUCAUGAGGCUGAUACGAGGCAAAGAUAGCCAGCACCAACGUGGUCGAGUUAUGUCUAAAGAAAAAUCGAUGUCUCGAGAUGAUAGCAAUUCUUCACAUUUCAGCUCGAGUACGUCAACAGGAAAUGAGUGUCUUAGGGGUGACUAUGCAACUCCCUCUGCCAUAUCUAGAACUUCCUUUGAUUAUAACCAGGCGCUGAGUGUGAAGGAUGAUAGUGGGAGAAAUUCAGAUAGCCAUACCCCAGGAAGCACCAGGAAUUUCAGUCCAAGGAGAAGAAAUUCAGCAGAUUUCAAAAACCGCCUUGAUUCUUUCUCAGAAUCCUCUGGCAUGGAGAAAACUAAUUUGGUAAAAUAUGCUGAAGCUUUAAAAGACUCCAGUGGAAUCCCAAAACAUAAAUCACACAGAAGAUCAGCAGCGUAUAGUUCAUUUUAA